UGUAAUCCAACAUCACUAGAAUAAGUCAACGGCACAGUGUAAGCAGAAGUCAUUACCUUGCAAAACCUCACGAUGUAAAUUGUAAAACAUUACGAGUGAUUUUUUGAAACCGUUAUGGCCGAUGGCAGUUUGGUAGAUGGGAAAUAAAACUCUGCUGCACAUGGAUAGAAAUGGCGUCGAAUAGUGCAGUGAAUGAACGAAGAUUAAGACCAAUUUAUGAUGCACUUGACUCCCUAAACAACAGAAAAGCUAUUCAACAUGCUGAUAAAAUCCUCAAGAAGCAAAAGGAUUUGCAUUGUGCAAAGGUUUUGAAAUCAAUUGCUCUUCUGAGGUCUGGAAAACGAGAGGAAUGUGGGCAGUUGAUGAACAAAGUAUUGAAUUUAGAAAUAUGUGACGAUUCCACAUUGCAAGCGAUGACAAUUUGUUUAAGGGAAAUGGACAAGCACUUGGAUAUCUGUAAUAUAUAUGAAGUUGCUGUAAAAAAGAAUCCAAAAGAUGAGGAGUUGUAUACGCAUCUUUUUAUGUCUUAUGUGAGGACAUCACAAUUCAAGAAACAACAGCAAGUGGCAAUGAAUUUAUACAAAACAUUUCAAAAAAAUCCAUAUUACUUCUGGGCUGUUAUGAGCUGUCUUUUACAGGCUAUUGAAAGUGAUGAUGACCAAACAAAGAAGACAAUGCUUUUAUCGUUAUCUGAGCGAAUGAUUUCAAAAUUCGUUGACGAAAAAAAGAUUGAGAGUGAGGCUGAAGUUCGUCUGUAUUUAAUGGUGCUUGACAUGCAAAAUAAACAUGACGAAGCCUUGGAAGUCUUAAAUGGAUCAUUAGGAAAUUACUUUUCGUCGCUCGAAUGUGAAAAGAAGAAAAUAAAUUGUUUAACAAAGCUUGAAAGAUGGUCAGAAGUAAACUUCUCUUACCGGAAACUAAUUAAAGAAAGACCUGACGAAUGGUGUUUUUAUCAAGGAUAUUUGGAAUCUUUAAUCAAACUAAUAAAAGAUGAUUAUUCGCCUACAAUAAUUGAAGAUAGUAUUACAUGCACCGCACCAGAUUACACUGUUUCAAUGGCUCGCGAUCUUUUUGACGAAAUGAAAAAGAGCACAGAGACAAAAAACAUAAGAAAAAGAGCUUCUUUCUUAGCUUGCUUGGAAUUGGAAAAGAAAAUUGAAAAAAUCUUGGCGAAAACUUCUUUGAAGGUAAAUUCAUAUUUGCGUUUCCAUAUUUUAAGGGAAACAGUAAAAGCUCGCCAUAUAUGGAUGACAGCUCACACAUUCAAUUGUAAUUCUUUCAAUGUAGAAUGUAAAGAGAGUAAUUUACUGGAUCUCAUGUUGGAGUAUUUUAAAUAUUUUGGCGACAAAACUGUUUGUUUUUCUGAUCUACGAGUGUAUUUGGAUGAACUCGAUUGUGUUAAAGCAAACAAGUUUGUAGAAAUGUGUAAAUCCUUGUCGAAAUCGUGCGCGGAACACACUCAUGAUAUUUCAAUGACUUUAACCAUCGAGAAGUUUUCACGAUACUUUGGAUUAUAUGAAACAUCUAGUAAAGAGAAUGUUAUAGAACAUGCCAAGUAUCUUAUGUCUUUACACAGAGACAGUCUGCAAAAUGAUGAUCCGAAGGCUUCUUCAUCUGGUGAUCUAAAUACGGAUGAAUUUGCGCUUUUGGCUGCGCACUAUUUGUUAGAUUGUGUUGAUGAAAUAGGUACUUCAUACUCGCUACUUCGUGUUUUGAUCUGCCUCGAGAACGCGAUAAAGUUUAGUUGUGGUAAUUAUCAAAUGAAGCUACUUGUAUCUCGGCUCUACUGUCUACUGGGUGCUGUGGAACCUUGCUUAUCAUACAUGAACAGCAUGGAACUAAAACAUGUUCUUUAUGAAACUUUAGGUUUUAAUGUGACAAGAUACGCUGUUCCACAAGGACAUUUUCACGCAGCAAAAGAGUUCUACGGUUCUGUAACUUCUUUUUAUCAUAACAACAAGAAAGACAUUCCUGAGUAUAUUAUUGCAUCAUAUAAGUAUGGAUCUUUUGAGAAGGUUCUUGAGAUGUUAAACUUUAAAAAAACAUUAGCGAAUUCAUCUUUCUAUGCGACUGUUGUGAUUGAAGAAAAAUUUCUGGAUAUCGUUAUGCAAGUCAACAGUUCAACCUCAUUAAAUGAAGUUUUAGUUAAAAAUCGUUUACCGAAAAUCUUUGAUGAUGCUGAAAAAUGGUUUUGUCUACUGAAUGAUAAGCGAGACUUAAAUCUUCUUAUCACGUGGGAGAAACGUGACAGAGAUCUGUGUGAAAAGUUUCAGAAGAGUUCUUUCAACGAUGAGUUACGAUGGUUGAGACUUCGCUUUAUUACCAUGGAAGCUAUUACUCUUAGUGCUGAAUAUUUAACUAGUGAACAUAACUCUUUAUCGAGUCAAACGAACGGCUGUGACGCAUCACCAAGACUUGCAGUGAACGAAGACUUCAAUUCUUUUCAUGAUUUGUCGAAAAAGUUACAUGAUUUAUUGGAAGAGGUUCGAGUUGACUACCCCAAAGAGGAAAAGCGACCAGCUUUCUUUGGGCCUUUACCAUCUCGUUGGAACUCUUAUCUUCAAGGUUCUUAUGAUAUACUAUUGAAGAAUAUUUUAACUGUUGCAAAGAUUUACCAGAAGGUUGAACAUGUGGCAGGCCCAGAAAUUGUAGACGAAGAAUUAAGAAAGUCUUUGAGUAACAUAAAGGAGGAUUAUACUCUUUUUUUGAAAAUUUUAACGGAUAAUGCUGCGUUGUGUAAAAAUUCCUUAACCGUAGAAGAUAAUGAAAAACGAUUUUUCAAUGGAUUGGUUGUGGAAUCAUUAGUGCUUUUACUUGAGGCUAUCAGUGUUGUGUCGUCAUUUCUUGUGUAUUUUCGUCAUGUUGUUUUAAAAACGAUUCAAACACCUCAGAGUAAAAAGAAAAAGAAGUCUGCUCAACCCAAACAGAACGAAUUUUCUGAUACGUACCAGUCAUUUGUGGAAUCACUUCACAAUCUAGUGUUUGAUGUUUAUACGGUUUUAAUGGAUAAAAAAAUUCUUCAUUUGGCUGAAGAUAUCACAACGCUAGAAAUCCAAGAGUUAUAUGAAAUGACCGACAGCCCUCUUGUCACAGAUAUUUGGAAAAAGAUCCAAAACAGUUACAAAACCUCCGUAGAAGAGUUAUCUAGUAUUUACGAGGUAAAAUUAUCAUUUUUAAAAGAACUAUAUAUUAAAGCAUCGUAGCUGUAGAGCUAUCGACCGACUAUCAAGUUACCGAGCUACUUCCAUAAACGAUAAAGGAGGAAAUACUAUGGAUGGAGAGAAUUAAAAUUUUCUUUCCUAAAUAUUCACUUUGUAAUUUAUUAUUUGAAUUUUUCUUACCCGGCAUUGGCGUGAAGAAAUGUUUUGACAAUUAUUUAUAUUAAAGAACAACAAUGCCUGACUCGACAGGUUUUCUGAAAAAAACUGCAAAAGGGCAGUGAUAAUAAUGUUGAAUAAAUGUUCAAUAUAUGUAAAACAACAUUUUUUGAAAGUUUUAUACCGUUUCAUUAAAGAACAUCAUGAAUAAAUAAUAUAAUUAUUAAAGUAUGCGUUUGUAAACUCUA